UAAAUGAUGCAAAUAUUUAUAUUAUUUAGGUGGUUCUGAUAUAAUUUCCUGUUUUGCUGGUCAAAAUCCAAUGCUUCCAGUUCAUGAAGGUGAAAUACAAUCUCCAAAUUUAGGAAUGGCAAUAGAAUGUUGGGAUGAAACAGGAAAACCAGUUAUUGGUGAGAAAGGUGAAUUAGUGUGUAUAUCUCCUUUUCCUUCAAUGCCAAUUUAUUUUUGGAAUGAUAAAAAUGGAGAAAAAUAUCAAAAAGCAUAUUUCCAUAAAUUUCCAGGUGUGUGGACUCAUGGUGAUUUUUGUAUGAUAAAUCCUGUUACCAAAGGAAUUUACAUGCUAGGUCGAAGCGAUGGAACACUGAAUCCAAAUGGAAUUAGAUUUGGAAGUUCAGAAAUAUAUAAUAUAGUUGAAUCUUUCAAGGAGAUUCAAGACAGUGUAUGUGUAUCACAGUAUAACAAACUGCAAGAAGAAAGAGUUGUUUUGUUCUUAAAAUUAGCAAUGGAUCACUCAUUAACAACAGAACUGAUAGAAAGGGUCAAGUUAGCAAUUAGGAGAGAACUCUCUGCACGUCAUGUUCCUGCUGUAAUUCUAGAAACCAAAGCAAUUCCUUAUACAAUUAACGGGAAAAAAGUUGAAGUGGCCGUAAAGAAGGCAAUUUGUGGUGAAGAAGUUUUGAACAAGGACUCUCUUGCCAAUCCAGAAUGUGUUGAUUUUUAUUAUAACAUACCAGAACUUAAUGGUUUUUGAAAUAAUUUUUUUAUUUCUGUUUACCAAUUUAAAAACACGACAAAUUGAGUUUUUUUUUUUCUUUUUAUAAAUCUUUAACUUCCACUCACCAC